AUGGCCGAUAUCGAUGUCAAGCUCGCUUCGUGGAAGCUGGUCGAGGUUGGCCGCCUGGUCUUGAUCCGCCGCGGCCCCUACGCUGGCAAGCUCGCUGCCAUCGUUGAGAUUGUCGACCACCGCCGUGUCCUGGUCGACGGUCCCUCCGGUGAGGAGAAGAAGAUCGUGCCCCGUCACGUCCUUCCCCUCGCUCACGCCACCCUCACUCCCUUCACCAUCCCCCAGCUUCCCCGUGCUGCCGGUACCGGCCCCGUCAAGAAGCUUUGGGCUAAGAACGAGAUCGAUGGCAAGUGGGCCAACUCCAGCUUCUCCAAGAAGACCGAGCGUGCCGACCGACGGAAGAACCUGACCGACUUCGAGCGCUUCAAGGUCCUGCGCCUCCGCAAGCAGGCCCGCUACGAGGUCCAGAAGUCUUUCGCUAAGGUUCGCGCUGCCACUAAGGCAUAA